AUGGCUUCAGUUAGCAUCGUUCCUAGCAUGCCGCCCUUCGACCCAGAUGCAGAGAUUGGUGCUUCGGUAGGCCCGAGAUGGAAAGUGUGGCUGCAAGAUUUUGAAACAUUUCUAGUAGCAAAUGAUAUCACUGACAAUAAACGUAAACGGGUUUUACUCCUCUAUCAAGCUGGCUCAAGAGUGAGGGAAAUAUUUCGCCAAUUAUCCGAUACAGGCGCUCCUGAUGCAUACCAAACUGCCGUAACCAAACUCACUGCCUACUUCGAGCCCCAAAUGAACAGGCAUUAUGAAGUGUACAAAUUUAGGCAGGCCGUACAACAACCAAAUGCGACGUUGGAUCAAUUUCACGUUCGACUUCGUCAUUUGGCACAAACUUGUGAGUUUUCUGAUUCUUCACUUGAUUUUGAAAUACAGCUCCAAAUCGUAAUCGGGGGCAAAUCCACAAGUUUGCGUAAACAAGCUCUCAAAGAUCCUAAAUACACCCUUAAAGAUAUGUUACUGGACGGCCGCAGAGCGGAAAUUAGUACUUUUCAAACGGCAGAUAUCGAGGGUAAACAGUCAAGGGACAAUUUACAAGCUAUCAAACAGAAAAAGAGUUUCAGUAAACAACAAACUUCAGCACGAAAAUGCAGAAAUUGUGGUGGCAAUUAUUCACACAAAUCGAAGCCAUGCCCUGCAAAAGGUCAAAACUGUCAUCGCUGCGGGAAGCAAAAUCACUUCGCUAAGUUCUGUCUGAGCAAACAAGACACCCGCCAGUCUUCAUUUACCACGUCUAUAUCGAAAAUUCACCCGGUGUGCAAGUCAACAGAUGUCGACAGCGAAUCCAGCUCAUCAAACUAUUGUUAUGCAAUAGGGGGUUCAAGUAAAAAAUCCUUAGAAACCCGGCUUAAAAUCAAAGGACAACGCAUCUCCUUCCUAGUGGACACUGGUGCGUCUAUCAAUAUCAUUGAUAAUGCAACUUUUAGUCAACUCAAGGGUAUUUCAUUACAACCCACAAACAUAAAGCCUAUGCCUACAACUCGCAAACGCCCGUGA